AUGGCCAAGAAAGCUAUUGACUCACGUAUCCCAUCUUUAAUUAGAAAUGGUGCACAGACAAAGCAAAGAUCUUUCUUUGUGAUUGUCGGUGACCGUGCAAGAAACCAAUUACCAAAUUUACAUUAUCUUAUGAUGAGUGCUGAUCUAAAGAUGAACAAAUCUGUAUUGUGGGCUUACAAGAAGAAACUUUUAGGUUUCACAUCGCAUAGAAAGAAGAGAGAAGCUAAAAUCAAAAAAGAAAUAAAGAGAGGAACUAGAGAAGCAAAUACCCAAGAUCCUUUCGAGAGUUUCAUUUCCAACCAGGAUAUCAGAUAUGUGUAUUACCGUGAAACUGAAAAGAUUCUUGGUAAUACAUACGGUAUGUGUGUUUUGCAAGAUUUCGAAGCAUUGACUCCAAAUUUACUAGCAAGAACUGUCGAAACUGUAGAAGGUGGUGGUAUCGUUGUUAUCCUAUUGAAAUCAAUGUCAUCUUUGAAACAACUGUAUACCAUGUCUAUGGAUAUCCAUUCUCGUUAUAGAACCGAGGCACACGACGAUGUUGUUGCUAGAUUCAAUGAGAGAUUUAUCUUAUCCUUAGGUGGCAAUGAAAAUUGUUUGGUAGUCGAUGAUGAAUUGAAUGUUUUACCAAUUUCUGGUGCUAAGAAUGUUAAACCUCUUCCUCCAAAGGACGACGAUGAAUUAUCACCAAAACAAGUGGAAUUAAAAGACUUAAAGGAAUCAUUAGAAGAUGUUCAACCUGCAGGUUCAUUAGUAGGUCUAUCCAGGACUGUUAACCAAGCUCACGCAAUUCUGACAUUUAUCGAUGCAAUUUCAGAGAAAACAUUAAACUCUACUGUGGCAUUGACUGCCGGUAGAGGUAGAGGUAAAUCUGCUGCUUUAGGUAUCUCGAUUGCUGCUGCUGUAUCCCAUGGAUAUUCAAAUAUUUUUGUUACUUCUCCGUCACCAGAAAAUUUAAAGACUUUGUUUGCUUUUAUUUUUAAAGGGUUUGAUGCAUUAGACUAUCAAGAACAUAUUGAUUACGAUAUUAUUCAAUCAACAAACCCAGAUUUCAAUAAUGCCAUUGUUAGAGUAGAUAUCAAGAGAGGCCACAGACAGACAAUUCAAUAUAUUGUUCCGCAAGAUUCUCACGUCCUAGGUCAAGCAGAAUUAUUAGUUAUUGAUGAAGCUGCUGCAAUCCCACUACCAAUUGUGAAAAAUUUAUUAGGUCCUUACUUGGUUUUUAUGGCCUCUACAAUUAACGGUUAUGAAGGUACAGGUAGAUCUUUAUCUCUGAAAUUGAUUCAACAACUUCGUACACAAUCUAACACUGGUGGUAGAAGUAUUAAUCAAACCGCCAUUGUCUCUAGAGAUAACAAGAAGGAUUUCACCUCUAGUAUCGGGGCUCGUACUCUUAAGGAAAUAGUCUUAGAUGAACCAAUCAGAUACGCUGAUGGAGAUGCUGUUGAAAAGUGGUUAAACAAAUUGUUAUGUUUGGAUGUCACUCUAAUCAAGAAUCCAAGAUUUGCUGCUAACGGUACACCUCAUCCAUCUGAGUGUAAUCUAUUUAUUGUGAAUAGAGAUACUUUGUUCUCAUAUCACCCUGUAUCUGAAAAUUUCUUAGAAAAAAUGAUGGCAUUAUAUGUUUCUUCUCAUUAUAAGAAUUCUCCUAAUGAUUUACAACUAAUGAGUGAUGCCCCUGCACAUCAAUUAUUUGUUCUCCUACCACCUAUCAAUCCAAAAGAUGGUGGUAGAAUCCCAGACCCACUUUGUGUUAUCCAAAUCGCAUUAGAAGGUGAGAUAUCCAAGCAAAGUGUAAGAAAUUCCUUAUCAAGAGGACAGAGAGCUGGUGGUGACUUGAUUCCAUGGUUGAUUUCUCAACAAUUCCAAGAUGAAGAAUUCGCCGGUCUAAGUGGUGCCCGUGUUGUUAGAAUUGCUACUAAUCCAGAAUAUUCAUCCAUGGGUUACGGUUCUCGUGCUCUUGAACUAUUAAGCGAUUAUUUUGAAGGAAAAUUCACAGACAUGUCAGAAGAUACUAAACCAAGAGAUUUUUCCAUUGCCAGAGUUAGUGAUAGCGAUUUGAAAAAAUCAAAUUUAUUAAAAGAUGAUGUCAAACUAAGAGACGCUAAAUCUUUGCCACCUCUAUUGUUGAAACUGUCUGAACAACCUCCACACUAUCUACAUUACCUUGGUGUUUCUUAUGGGUUAACCCCACCAUUACACAAGUUCUGGAAAAACUGUAAAUAUGUUCCUGUUUACUUACGUCAAACGGCAAAUGAUCUUACAGGUGAACAUACAUGUGUUAUGUUAAAAGUAUUAGAAGGCAGAGAGCCAAAUUGGCUGGUUUCAUUCGCAGCAGAUUUCCACAAACGAUUUCUGUCUCUUCUUUCUUACCAAUUCUCUAAGUUUACAUCUGUUCAAUCUUUAAGUGUGCUCGAAAGUGCCGAUAAGGCACACAAUUUAUAUGAUAAAGCCGAAAACAGCAGGAAGGUAUCUUUACUGGACAAGUCUCAACUAGACGAUAUCUUUUCACCAUUUGACUUAAAGAGAUUAGAUAGUUACUCGAAUAACUUACUCGAUUAUCACGUUAUUGUAGAUCUAUUACCAAUGCUUUCUAUUUUGUAUUUCAGUGGUAAGAUGGGUGAUAGUGUCAGCUUAUCAAGUGUUCAAUGUGCAAUCUUAUUAGCUAUUGGUUUACAACACAAGAGCAUUGACGAUAUUACAAAGGAACUAAAUCUUCCUUCCAAUCAAACUAUUGCUAUGUUUUCCAAGAUUAUGAGAAAAUUCUCUAUUUAUUUCCGUUCUAUCCUAAAUGAAUCAUUUGAGAAAACCUUACCAGCUCUAAAUGACGAACAGGUUGCUGAGAUGAAUGGUGAGGAAAUUAAAAGAUUAAAUGCUGCCGAAACUUUGGAUCAAAUGGAGGAAGACCUUGAAGAAGCUGGUGAUGAAGCUGUCAGAGCCAUGAGGGAGAAACAAAAAGAAUUGAUUGAUUCUUUAAACCUAGAUAAAUAUGCCAUUAAUGAUAAUACAGGUGAGUGGGAUGAAUCAAACAAAGGUUUAGAAAAGGCCGCCAAAUCAAAUGGUGUCGUUAGUGUAAAGACUGGACGUAAGAGAACCACUGAAAAGUCAGAAGAUAUAUACAACAGUGAGAUGAAGGCCUUACAUAAGAGUAAAAAGUCAAAGAAAAGUUCCAAAUAA